GGAAUGUCGCUAAAUCUAGACAGUUUUUAUCUUUUCUACAACGUGCCGAGCGACUGGACGGUGUGGUCGAAUUUGUAUUCAGUGCAAGUAGAUUCCGUAUUUAUGUACCACGAGAGACCUGUGUCAUCACUUUGUUGCUUGCUGGUAUUCAGUGUCCACGUCGAGGAAGAAUCGGUCCUGAUGGUGUCGCUUUACCCGAUAUGCCAUUCAGUAAUGAAGCAUACACAUUUGCGAAAGAAUUGUGCAUGCAACGUAACGUCGAGAUUAAAGUGGAAACAAUCGAUAGGGUAGGAAAUUUCGUUGGAUCGAUUUUCUUGGACAACCCUGCACCAACUAAUAAUAAUAAUGGCCCAGACACUAACAAGUCGUUGGGCAAAAAGAAGAAAAAGAAAUCUACGGAAAUCACCGCUGUCAAACCAAAAACACAUCUUAGUGUCUUAUUAAUAUCUCAAGGUUUUGGCACUGUUCAUCGAGCUCCCGCAACUGAACGACUGCCUCAUUAUCAAGAUAUGAUAAAAGCGGAGGAGGAUGCUAAACUUAAUCAAUACGGUCUAUGGUCAUCUGAAGAGUUCGUGAAAGAAUGGGAAGCUGAAAUCCAAAACAAUGCAGAUCCUACUGCUCUCAGUGGCGGCACAGAGGAUAGCAAUCUUAAUUCAUUGACUGGUUUCUCGGAAUAUUUAGAUGACUUAUCAGAAUUACAAAUUAACGAAGAUGGUGAUUCAGCAGCUGUGAUCAAUGGUGAAAACACUAAGCAGUUAUCAUGGAAACCUGUUCAAAUAACCGGGCUCUCCAAACCUGCUGGUAGUCAGGGUCUUCGAUUCUUUGCUCAACACUUGUCAGAUGCAUGUACUCUGGUCAAGAUUAGUCAAAUGCUGAACAGUCAAUCAUUCCCUUCGUUUCCGUCGGAAUUCUAUCCUAAAAAAGGCAGUAUGUGUAUUGCCUGUUUCAGUCUAGAUAAUUGCUGGUACCGGGCACGCGUUCUUCGUAGUUCACCCAAAUCUGUUACAGUCCAAUUUAUUGACUUUGGUAAUGAAGAAGUGAUCGAUGCAGCUGAAUACUCAUCACGUCUUUCUCCUCUUCCAUCUGGUCCAUUGAUGCAACUGCCACCACAAGUGAAAGAAUACCGUUUGGCAUUUGUCCAACUUCCUCCCGAUUCAUCCGAUCGUGUCUUUGCAGAGCGUGCUUUUUGCGACCUUGUUGAAAACAAGGAA